AUGGACUCGUUUGAGAAUUUUCAGUACGACUCUGCAUCCUCAUACGGCAGCAUAGGCGUCGUAGACGACACUUCUUCUAUAUACACCGCAAAUACCACAAGCCAUAGUCACUUACCGGUUGACUUGGAAAGCCUCUCGCUCACGGACGACCGCUCUUAUGUCUCGUCUCCUAAUGGAGGAAGCGGACAGGGAGUAGCCAGAGCUGGUAUCGACGAAGAUUUCGAUGCUGUCCUAGACGAUCUCAAAGACGAGAGUCAGGUCGAUUUACCGCCUCACGCGUGCAGCUAUUGCGGCAUUCACUCCCCUGCUUCUGUCGUGAAAUGCAUCGUCUGUUCCAAAUGGUUUUGCAACUCUCGCGGCAACACUUCUGCGUCUCAUAUCGUGAAUCAUUUGGUGCGCGCCAAGCACAAGGAAGUUAUUUUGCACAGCGAGAGCCCCCUUGGAGAGACGAUCCCCGAAUGCUAUAACUGUGGAAGCAAGAACGUAUUUAUGCUUGGUUUCAUACCUGCGAAGAGCGACACUGUCGUAGUUCUCCUUUGCCGCCAACCCUGUGCUGCGAUCUCCAAGGACAUUUCCUGGAACGCCGCCUUAUGGGCCCCUCUUAUUGACGAUCGAUCAUUUUUAUCUUGGCUUGUCAAACCUCCCAGUGAGACCGAGCAGCUCAGGUCUCGUCAGAUAUCUUUUCAGCAGAUUAAUCGCCUCGAGGAUUUGUGGCGUGAAAACUCGACCGCAACUUUGGAAGAUCUUGAGAAGCCAGGCGUGGACGACGAGCCGCAAUCCAUUCUCUUGCGCUAUGAGGACGCAUAUCAGUAUCAGAACAUCUUUGGACCUCUCGUAAAGAUCGAAGCGGACUACGACAAGCGCUUGAAGGAGUCACAGACACAGACCGACAUUUCCGUGCGCUGGGACCUCGGUCUCAAUCAGAAGCGUGUAGCAUGGUUUUGCUUACCCAAACUCGAGAGCGGAGAGGUCAGGUUGGCUGUCGGAGACGAGCUCAGGCUGAAGUAUUCUGGCCAAUUACACAAGCCUUGGGAAGGUGACGGCCACGUUAUCAAAAUCCCCAAUAAUGUCUCGGAUGAGAUUGGCUUGGAACUGCGGAGAUCGGAGGGAGUUCCUACCGAAGUCACACACAAUUACACCGCAGAUUUUGUGUGGAAAUCCACGAGUUUUGAUAGGAUGCAGCUCGCGAUGAAGACAUUUGCCGUUGAUGAAAAGAGUGUCAGUGGGUACAUUUAUCAUAAGCUUUUGGGACAUGAGCUAGAGCCGCAGGUUCUCCGGACGCACAUGCCGAAGCGUUUUUCAGCUCCAGGUCUUCCGGAACUUAACCACUCGCAGAUGUAUGCGGUCAAGAGCGUUUUACAGAAGCCUAUCAGUCUAAUUCAGGGUCCCCCGGGUACAGGCAAGACUGUGACGUCAGCGUCGACGGUAUACCAUCUGGCGAAGAUGAAUCCUGGACAAGUACUCGUCUGCGCUCCCUCGAAUGUGGCCGUGGACCAGCUGACCGAGAAGAUCCAUGCGACUGGUCUCAAAGUCGUGCGCCUCACUGCCAAAUCGCGCGAGGCUCUGGACUCGUCUGUGUCGUUCUUGACUUUGCAUCAACAAGUUGCCAACUACACGACUCACGUGGAACUGCAGAAGCUUAUUCAACUCAAGAACGAGCAAGGAGAGCUUAGCUCGAACGACGAGAGAAAGUAUAAGGCGCUGAUCAGGCAGUGUGAGAAGGAGAUUCUCAGCGCUGCCGAUGUCAUCUGUUGCACAUGUGUUGGUGCUGGUGACCCACGCCUCAGCAAGCUCAAGUUCCGGACAGUUCUCAUCGAUGAAGCCACACAGGCGGCGGAACCCGAAUGCAUGAUUCCGUUGGUGCUCGGCUGCAAACAAGUGGUCCUCGUUGGCGAUCAUCAGCAAUUGGGUCCUGUAAUCAUGAACAAGAAGGCAGCACGCGCCGGACUAACCCAAUCGCUGUUCGAGCGCCUCGUUGUGCUCGGCAAUCGUCCUAUUCGACUGCAGGUUCAAUAUCGCAUGCACCCAUGCUUAUCGGAGUUUCCAUCGAACAUGUUCUACGAAGGCACUCUCCAGAACGGAGUUACCGCUCCUGAGCGGCUGCGGAAGAAUGUCGACUUCCCGUGGCCUGUUCCUGACACACCCAUGUUCUUCUAUCAGAAUUUAGGUCAGGAAGAGAUUUCUUCGAGCGGCACGUCCUUCCUAAAUAGGACGGAGGCAUCUAACGUCGAGAAGAUCGUCACCAAGUUCUUUAAAUCCGGUGUGGUGCCGAGCCAGAUCGGAGUGGUUACUCCGUAUGAGGGUCAACGGUCGUACAUCGUGAACUACAUGCAGUUCAACGGAUCGCUCAAGAAGGACCUGUAUAAGGAGAUCGAGGUGGCUAGCGUAGACGCCUUUCAAGGACGGGAGAAGGAUUACAUCAUCCUCAGUUGUGUUCGCAGCAACGAGCACCAGGGGAUUGGAUUCUUGAACGACCCGCGGCGUUUGAACGUGGCGCUCACUCGUGCAAAAUACGGCGUGGUGAUUCUAGGGAACCCAAAGGUUCUCAGUAAGCAUCCCCUUUGGCACUAUCUCCUGACGCACUACAAGGAGAAGAACUGCCUUGUUGAGGGGCCUCUGAGUAACCUGCAGCCCAGCAUGAUCCAAUUUAGUAAGCCAAGACGCACUCUCGUGAAGGCGAUGGAUCAGUUCCGUCGACACGAGACCAACGCGCGUGAUUAUUUGGGCAGCGGUCUGUCGGGUGAUGGUCGCCGAUCCGGCACGCCCAGCCGUUUUGAUGCCAGCUUCUACCGCACCCACGAUGCGCUCGGAUACAUUCCCUCGGACGUGCAGUCGCUGCGCUCUCAGGCCACGUACUCGUCCGGGCUGCCCGUGUUCGCCGCCAAUGGGCCGUUCGGUCCGGGGAGUGCCCAGCGGCCCAGCGGCGGCAAACGCAGCACGUAUGGCAGCUACGCCAGCUCCAUCAUUUCUCAGGACGCAGGGCCCGGAGGCACCGACAGCGCGAGCGUGGUCGGGAGCGCGCUCGGGCCCUCCGACCGGGCCACGAGCAGCAUGGCGUACUCGCAGUCCGACCGCCUGCGCCGCCGCACGUCCUUCUCCUCGACCGCGGGCGCGUCCGACCUGGGCAGCCUGUCGCAGUACGACUACAAGAGCCAGGACGACGCGGACCUCGACGACAUGCGCUCGCAGUACACGGGCACCCAGUCCGGCGUCACCGUGUUUUAG